ACGCAGCAGUAGCAUCGACAAACACCGGAGCGAUUUCAGCACCUGGACAGCGACACUUGUAGCCUAAAAGCAAACUACUUUUUUAGCAGCCGUCAUGGUUCUCAUCUGGACUCAGUUCGGUGUGAAGCACAAAAAUGUCAAUGUCAAGUGCAAAGUGCGCGUGAUGCACAGGGGUGACAGCUCAGGAUCAUCAUCAUCAGCGGAGAGCACCAAGUCUGAGCAGGACACACCCUGCCUGGCCAUCAAACCCACUGGCAAGGACUUCUACAAAGUCCUGGGUGUCUCCCCCGAUUCCAAUGAAGACGAGAUCAAGAAGGCCUACAGGAAGAUGGCUCUCAAGUUCCACCCAGACAAGAACAGCGACGCAGAUGCAGAGGACAAGUUCAAAGAGAUCGCUGAGGCCUACGAGAUCUUGACUGACCCCAAAAAGAGAAGCAUCUAUGACCAGUUUGGAGAAGAAGGUCUUAAAAAUGGAAUGUGCAUGGCGGGCCAAGGCAACGUUUUUCGCAAUAACUUCCACACCGACCCCCACUCCACCUUUUCCUCCUUCUUCCACGGCUCGGACCACUUCGACAUCUUCUUCAGCAAUGACUGGGACGGUGAAGACGACCUCUUCAACCCCUUCAGACGGUUCCCCUUUAGCCACGUGAAUGGGUUCUCCGGCAGUGAAGGUGGCCUGCGAAAGGGCCAGCGGAGGCUGCAGGGCGACGAGGUGGUGCACGACCUACUGGUGACCUUAGAGGAGGUGAUGCAAGGCUGCACAAAGCACGUAAAGAUCACCCGCAGCCGCCUCAACCCCGACGGGCGUAGCAUGCGAACCGAGGAGAAGGUGCUGAACGUGGUGGUGAAGAAGGGCUGGAAGGCCGGGACCAAGAUCACCUUCCCCAGGGAGGGAGACGAGACGCCCAACAACAUCCCAGCAGACAUCACCUUCAUACUCAGGGACAAGGAGCACAUGCAAUACAAGAGGGAUGGCUCCAACAUCGUGUUCACAGCCAAGAUCACCCUCAAGGAGGCUCUCUGCGGCUGCACAGUUAACGUGCCAACACUUGACAACCGGAUGAUGCCUCUACCAUGCAGCGACGUUAUCAAGCCCGGCGCUGUCCGGCGGCUGAGGGGCGAAGGUCUGCCCCUGCCCAAGAGCCCAUCCCAGCGCGGCGACUUGGUGGUGGAGUUCCAGGUGCUCUUCCCCGACAGGAUCCCACCGCAGUCCCGCGAGAUCAUCAAGCACAGCCUGGCCCAGUGCUAGCCUGCUUUUCUUUGCUGAUUGACACAGCUUCACCAUGUGUGUAUGUUGUUAUCAAUUCACAAACACAGCCUUGCCCGAGGUGCUAAUAUCACAACCAAUCACAACCUCUCAUUGUGUUUGGGAAUGGCAAGAAGCGGUUAAGUGAGUUAUAGUUCAGCGAGGAGGUGACUUUCUGCAGGGCACGACAAGCAUGAUGCCACCUGAGCAGUGAGUUCAGAGCUGAUGAAUGGGGUCUUUGGUAUCUGAGGGCGUCCAUUGACUCAAUAGCCUUUCUCUGAGUGAAAAGGUUAUCUGUACUGUUAUACUUGCAAGCCUACAGCAGGAUAUCAGUGUGCUAUUCAAGUCUGUAUAGACUUCCUUAAACCUGAGCGGUAGAAGAAGAACUUUAUUCUAGUUAUAUGGUGCUCAU